AUGUACGGGGUGGGGGCGGGUGGGCGUGCUGAGCCCGGGCGAGGCCAGCGGCACAGUGAAGAGAGGGACCCGGAACCCCCGUUUUGUUUUUCCAUCAAGUUUGACGCCGACCCCGCGGAGGUUGGGGACAGUGUGUUUCGUGGCGCCCAGGCAUUUCGAUCGCCCACGGAGAUUGCGGUGCCACUGCAGAUGCCCCUCAAAGGGGCUGCCGUGAGUGACUUACUGUCAAGCUUCAUGCUCCGCACAUUUCGCCGCUUCCCACAUCUCUCGACCCGUACCGUGGAGGCCUUCUUCAUCGAUGCCGAUGGGAAUUGUCUAGCGCCGCGUGUGGGCCUGGGACACCCGCAUUUGUUGCGCCUAGACGCGUGCGUGAACAGGGAUGACACACUGGACAACUUCUUUACCCCCGUGAACAAGCAUGGGCGAAAUGUCUACGACGUCAUCGCCCACUGGACCUCCCCGAACCUGGCUGGCACCGCCGCGAAUAACGCCCCCCCUGCGAAGGUGAAAACGGCUGAAGAUGGAGAAGAGGCUCCCAGCGACACAGCUGCAGCGACGAAUACGCUUCCGGCACCUGUUAUCUACCCCUUUACACACCGUUGCACGUACGCAAGAUUACUGCCACGUGAGUCAUCGUCUCAGCUCAACGCUGUUCCUCCGAACGACGAAGCGGAGGCGCCACUCCCAGCAGUUUUUGUCAGCAUUGAGAGAAGAGAACUCGCACGGAAGGUGCGACGUGCCCUGGAAGGCAAAGAGCGUGUGGCUCGAGAUGCAAUUAUUGGGGACGAGCGCAGCUACCGUGCUGUGAUUGCGGAAGUGGAAGAUGAAGAGCGAGAACAAACGGUAGCGCUUCUUCGUUUGAUGGACGUUGAUGUCCCGGAAUGCGGCGUCAAAGCGACGUCCGCGCCAAGGCAGCGGACCUUCCGGGACACGGAGCCGCUUGCCUCGCUUCCCAGCGCGCCGUACAUGACAGAAUUGACGCAGCGUGCGGAAGAAACGGCGUGGCUCUCCCGCGUCUUUGCAAAGACGUCAAUAUCCGGUCCUGCUCUUGCCGCCGCCAAGGAGAAAAAUAAUUUGGGUGCGUUUCGUCAGGCGGACACUGCGUAUUCGGCGGGGCUUGACGGGGAAAUGCAAAUGACUAUUGAGGCUUCCAAGGCCAGGCAAGACCUCAUCCAGCACUACGCAGAUGUGCGCUGCGACUUGCUAUUGUGGGAGCGUCAGUCAUUUCGCUCCCUCACGAUGGAAAUGCGCAACAUUUUGGCGAAGCAGAAGCAACUGGAUGAGGAAAUUGUGCGAAGGGCGUUUUCGGAGGAGAUUGAGAAGGCCUCAGUGUUAGAGUUCGGCGGCUACGUACACCAUUACAACCAUAAGCACCUGCGUGGGGAGCUCACUGAGACUUCGGAUACGGAGGUAAAUUGUAUUUCCGAUGCACCCAAGGAUUCCAAUGGCGUGAUCCCCUUCGUCGUUCCGCGGCCUGUCAGCCCUCCACAGGCUCCAGUGUUUCAGGAGGGAGCCGCAAUGGGCGCAAAGGAUGCUGGAUCGCGCACAAUUUCAGUGCCAGGAGCAAACUAUCCUCAUUCUGUGUCGGCGGAAGACGCAUAUUUGCGUGAGGCGCUGGAGCGAAGUAAGGCACGCGCCAAAGCUGCUCUGGAUACGAUUGCUCGUAUUGAUAUGCGGUACUAUGAGCCUGUAGCAUUCAAACUUGCGAAGCAUCGACUUUCGUUCGAUGAGAAGGGCGUGAGAAAUGUGCUGCUCGCCGAGGAGGAGGAGGCCUGGAGGAAGGUCUCGGAGUCUUACAAAGAAGACGAAGCGGAGUUGGCAGCCAAUGCCUACCUUGCUCUGCAGCGAGUGUUUGAGCCUGUUGUCAAGGCAGAGGAAAAGGCUAGGGCGGCUCUUGUUGAGCAACAAGAGCGGCAUCUGGCACUGCUUCUUUCCUUGUAUCAUCAUGGCAUGGAAAGAUUGGAAAUGUCGCGGCGGCACCCAUUGGCCGCGGAUGUAUAG